CCACUUAAAGUCAACAGCUCCCGCAACCUCAACCUCCAGCUCAAGUGGAAGAGCCCCCCGGAGAAUGAGGCCCCGCCAGUGCCCUUCCUGCACGCCCAGCGGUACGUGAGUGGCUCCGGGCUGCAGAGCGGGGAGCGGAGCACGCUGCUGUACAACACCCACCCGGACCGGGCCUUCCCCGUGCUGCUCCUGGACAUCGUGCCCUGGUACCUGCGGCUGUGUGUGCACACCGUUACCAUCACCUCCAAGGGCAAGGAGAACCAGCCAAGUUACAUCCACUACCAGCCUGCCCAGGACCGGCUGCAGCCCCACCUCCUGGAGAUGCUCAUUCAGCUGCCGGCCAGCUCGGUCACCAAGGUCUCCAUCCAGUUUGAGCGGGCGCUGCUCAAGUGGACGGAGUACACCCCGGACCCCAACCACGGCUUCUACGUCAGCCCGUCUGUCCUCAGUGCCCUCGUGCCCAGCGUGGUGGCGGCCAAGCCCGUGGACUGGGAAGAGAGUCCCCUCUUCAGCAGCCUGUUCCCAGUCUCCGACAGUUCCAGCUCCUUCCUGCGGCUCUACACGGAGCCGCUCCUGGUGAGCCUGCCAACGCCGGACUUCAGCAUGCCCGACAACGUCAUCUGCCUCACGUGCGCGGUGGUGGCCGUGUGCUACGGCUCCUUCUACAGCCUCCUCACCCGGACCUUCCACACCGAGGAGCCCAGAACGGGCGGCCUGGCCAAGAGGCUGGCUAACCUUAUCCGGCGUGCCCGCGGCGUCCCCCGCUCUGAGACCCUGAGACCUGACCCUCAUGGCCCGGCUGCUCUUUCUCUCUGGGGAGGGGUGCUGUGACCCCAAGGACUGUUUCUGGUACUUGCUCUCUCCAAAGUGCCCCUGGGCUAGGCCAGAGCUUAGAGCUGCACUGUGUAGUACAGUAGCAACCAGCCAACGUGGCAUUUGAAUUUAAGUUAAUUUAAAUUAAAAUUUCACUCCCCCCACUGUGCUAGCCACAUUUCAGGUGCUCAGUAACCAGAGUGGUUAAGUGGCUACUGUACUGGGCAAACAUUUCCAUCAGCGCAGAAAGUUCUCUUGGGCAGCACUGGCCUUGAUCCCGGCUGUGCUACCACGGUGGUGUGGUAGAUGGGAUUUACUGGUUGUGAAAUAAAAAAUGACUGUUUCCUUGAAAA